UCCAAGUGCCUUUAGGGGCAGAGCUGUCAGAUGGACUUUGCCGAGGGGGAGCUGCCCACACACAGAAGCUGGGCACGGCUGCAGUGUCCCCGUCCCACUGUGACCCUUGCACUGCUCCAGGUGGGAAUGACAACAAUGGAUGUGAGCCCCAGGAGCAGCACAGCUGCAAAGCACAGCCUGGCCAAGGCUCUCUACGACAACAAGGCCGAGAGUUGUGACGAGCUGGCGUUCCGCAGAGGGGACAUCCUGACGGUGCUGGAGCAGCACGUGCCGGGCAGCGAGGGCUGGUGGCGAUGCUCCCUGCACGGCCACCGCGGCCUGGCCCCCGCCAACCGCCUGCAGCUCCUGCCGCCGGGCCCGGCCCGCAGCCAGCACCCCACGGAGCCUCUGGAGGCACACAACAUCUACCAGGUGCCCUCCGUGCCCUCUGUGCCCAAGGCCACGGCGCUGUCGGCCACCUACGAGAAGAUGGAGGGCUGGGUUCAGCCACCAGCCGUCCCUGCCCAGGCCGUGUACCAGGUGCCGGCCCUGGCGGCGCAGCUGCUCAGCGAGAGGACCAAGCGCUCCACGCACCAGCACCUGUUUACCCUCCCAAGAGCCUGCCGGGCUUCAGCCCCAAACAUCAGGGGUGAGGUGUACGAUGUCCCCUCCUCACAGCACCGUGGGUCCCUGCUCCCACAGGGUGGUGCCACCCCUCCUGGCACACGGAAGGGCUCCGUGCUGGGCAGAUCCACUGAGAGUUUCCAGGCAGAGCAAAAGAAGCUUUACAACAUCCCAUCCAAGCCAGAAAAAGCAGGAGCUGGCAGCCAGAAGGACUCAGCAGCAGGCAAUUUAUAUGAUGUCCCUCCCAAAAGAGAACUCGAUGACUCAGAAAAUAAAUCUCAGAAGAAGUGCUGGGGCCAUUACAACACUUUGCCAAACCCUCGGAAAUCCGAAUGGAUUUACGAUAUUCCAGUAUCCCCUGAAAAUUCUGGGUUCAAACCAAACCCUCCUGGCCAGUGUGUGGAGAAGCAGGUGCUGUAUGACAUUCCCCCAGCCAGGUACAAAGCUCCAUCCACGGCCACUGAAGCCAAGGUUGGAAAUGCACAGUUGUACCACAUUCCACCGCCCCAGCGGAAAUUAACGCUUCCAGAAAUCCCCCUCUACGACGUUCCAUCCUCACGGGACGUGCUCCUCCUGCCACAGAACGGCAGCUCUGAGGUGCCCCCGAGUCUCCUGGCUGCCAAAGCUGAGAGUCAGAUCUCUGAGGAGAACGUUUAUGAUAUUCCCAAAGGUUUGCCCAGUGCUGGGCACUCCAAGAAAGCGAUGGAAAACAACAGUGACCAAGCACACGGUGUUUCUCCACAGCUCUCUGUGAACCCCAAGUCAGAAAAUGACAGUUUGUGUGUCUCUAGUGUGGACAGCAGGAGCAGCACUCUGACCCCAUCCUCCAGCUCUUCUGCUGAGUCGUCUUCUACACUGUCACCAUCAGCAGAGCCUGUCCAAGAAAUCAAACUGGAGCUGGAGGCAGCCAUCGAGACCCUGACGCGGCUGCAGCACGGCGUGUCCAGCUCCAUCGCCAGCUUAAUGAUCUUUGUGAGCAGCAAGUGGAGAUUGCAGGAGCACCUGGAGAAAAGCCUGGAGGAGAUCCACAGAGCAGUGGACCACAUAAAGGUGUCAAUGGGAGAGUUCCUGGCUUUUGCUCAAGCCCUGAAGGGAAACGCCUCCAACCUCACGGAUAACAACCUGCAGGCCAGAAUUAAAAAACAGCUGGAAAUCCUCACAAACUCCUACAAAAUAUUGACAGAAACGAGGGAAGCUCUCAACAGCUGCAGCUGGUCCCUGGAGGCUUUGGUGCUCAGGAAGCCCCAGAACAAUCCUGACGACCUGGAUCGCUUCGUUAUGGUGGCCCGGACAAUUCCAGACGAUAUCAAGAGGUUUGUGUCCAUCAUCAUCGCCAACGGGAAGCUGCUCUUCAGGAAGAAUCAGAAGGAACAAGAAAAGAAGCAACCAAAAGUGAACCCAGAAUGCAAAAUGGCAAAACAAAUCCCAGCGCCAGGAAGAGUAGAAAUUGAGUCACUCCAGAGAAAUGCUGCUGAGAAAUCCAGCCAAAGCCAGGUCCCUAUGCAGAAACCAGAAGGAAAUUGCAGCGAGGAUUGUGAUUAUGUGCAGUUACAGGUCCUGCCAUGUGCAAAAAAGACUGAAAAUCCCAGCAGGCAGGAGCCUGCCAGGAAAAUCCCCCUCCCAGAGCACUGCAGGCUGUGCUUCGCUGCCCUGCACAAGGCCAUCGGCGUCUUCACCACCAGCCUCAGCAACCAGCAGCCCCCCGAAAUCUUCAUCUCCCACAGCAAACUCAUCAUCAUGGUGGGGCAGAAGCUGGUGGAUUCGCUGUGCCAGGAAACCCAGGAGAGGGAGGCCCGGAGCGACGUCCUGCACAGCAGCAGCCGCUUCUGCAGCCUCCUCAAGAACCUGGCCCUGGCCACCAAAACCGCAGCCCUCAAAUAUCCCAGCGCAGAGGCCACCAGGGAGCUGCGGGAGCAGACCGAGGAGCUGGCCAAGUACACCCAGCAGUUCAGGGCCAUGAUGGACUGAGGGACCUGCCACUGCUGCUGCUCCUUUUGGCACCACUUCGCACUCAGAAUUCCCACCAGGAAUUCCCUGGGUGCACUGGCAGCAGGGGAAGAUCCCCACUCUCAGAAUUCCCACCAGGAAUUCCCUGGGUGCACUGGCAGCAGGGGAAGAUCCCCACUCUCAGCUGAUGCAGAAGAAUUAAAUCUGCACUUUCUUCUCCACAUCCUGCCUGGAAAUGUCAUCGUCACAGUGGCUGGGUGGGAAUGUUUGCUGUGUAUUGGAGCAAAAGUUGUUGAUUAUGGGACUGAUUUUUUAUUUUUUUGUUCUUCAUGUAUGUCUGAUAAAUGUAUUUUCCUUUUUAAUUGUUUUUUUCUAUUCCUGUAAAGUCUCUCUCUAAAUGUAACUGUACAAUGUUC